AUGGCGACAUCAGUGGGAGGUGACACGCCUCUGGCGCAGACGCCAGCAGACAAACUCAACCUCAUCAAGAGCAAUAUGCAAGAAGUCCUCAACCCGGAGAUCAUCGACAAAGUCGUCAACGCAAACGAACGACCUCUCCGGAUCUACUGGGGUACUGCAACGACAGGGAAACCUCACUGUGGAUACUUUGUUCCUAUGCUGAAGAUUGCUGAAUUUCUGGCCGCUGGCUGUGAGGUCAAGAUUCUCCUCGCAGACGUUCAUGGCUUCCUCGACAACCUGAAGGCACCGAUCGAGCUCGUCGAGCAGAGGGUGAAGUACUACCGGUUCGCCAUCACUGAGGCCAUGAAGGCUGUCAAUGUGGACACGACCCGGCUGGUCUUCGUGACGGGAUCGGACUACCAGACGAAAGGCGAUACUGGCGCGAAAUACUUCAUGGAUCUACUCAGGCUAUCGACGAGUGUGUCUGGCCACGAUGCAUCGAAGGCGGGUUCAGAGGUCGUCAAGCAAGUUGAUUCGCCACCACUAUCCUCACAAAUCUACCCGCUCAUGCAAGCUCUUGAUGAGGAGUACCUCGGAGUGGACGCGCAGUUCGGUGGCGUAGAUCAGCGAAAGAUCUUCACAUUGGCCGUGGAAGCCCUUCCAAGGAUAGGUUUCGAGAAGCGUGCACAUCUCAUGAACCCGCUCAUCCCUGGUCUGCAAGAAGGCGGCAAGAUGAGCAGUAGUGAUCCAGACUCGAAGAUCGACCUCAUUGAUCAGCCAGACAUUGUGAAGCGGAAGCUGAAGAAAGCUUUCUGCCCGCCGAAGCAAGUAGAAGGAAAUGGCGUGCUUUCUUUUGUGCAGUACGUGCUUCUCCCAGCAUCGGCGCUCAAGAACAACGGCACACCAAAAUUCGUUGUGCAAAGACGAGACGCGGAGCCGCUCACCUAUUCCUCAAUCGACGACAUGCGCAGAGACUACCUCGAUGAUGUGUUGCAGCCCCAAUCACUCAAGCCAGCAGUGACAGACGCUUUACUCGAGAUCCUCGGCCCGAUACGGAAGCAGUUCGAGGAGAACAAGGAAUGGCAGGAGGUCGAGCAGAAGGCCUACCCGCCACCUCCCGCACCGCCGAAGAAGGAGAAGAAGGUCAAGAACCUUGGGACGAGGUUUCCGGGUGGUAAGGGCGGUGACAAGGCGGAGGCUGCUAACGGGAGCGUUGAGGUGAAGGCUGAUGGUCACGUCGAGGGUCCUAAGGCGCAUGAGGUCAGUGUUGGGAAGAGUGCUGAAGACGCUGAGGGUGCGAUGCGGAGAUUGAGCGGGGGCAAAUCGUAG